CGCUCAGCCCGGUGCCCCAUAUUAUCCGCGUACGCUCAUCCCGUUGGACACAAAUAAGUAAGGUACGGAUACUCGCCAGUUGCUCUCUGUAAGGAUGGGAGUGGCCUGAUGUUGGUAAUCUGCAUUUCUGGCACCACUCUCAUUUAUACCAUUUUCCUUUCUUUCAUUUGUGCGCUAGCCAGGCGCAUGCGGCAAAGAGGAUUUUGUAAUUGCAACACCAGAGUGCGCAUGGAGGGUUGGUCCGAGGUCGCCAUAGACAUAAGUCGUCGUGGUUGUUGUUGUUGUCUCUUCCCAGCCCUUGACCGCCUUGCAAUGGCUAUGAAUUGUUCUCAUCUCGCAAGUGAAGGCUCAGGGUCCAGCCAUGUUGAACGGCGCUUCGCAACAACUAGAAAAGCAUUUGGCGAGAUGUCAGCUGGCUAAAAAGGCCAUGCAUUGCCUCUUGCUUCACACUGGUGCUAGGUAGCAAAAGGAAUCGCAGAUAUGUGGUUGUUAGUCCGUUCCUGCUGUGUUCGGCGUGUUCCCCGCAAAGCACGGCGCUUGGAGAUGCCUAGGAAAG